CGGGCCCCGCACGUCGGCCUCACUACCCGCCCGCCCCCAUCUCCUGCUCCGCCGCGUCCUCGCCCUCCUCUCCCUCGCGCGCCGCUCGCAAAACCUCACCUCCUCCUCCGCCCUCCCAAAACGCUAGCGCCCCCCCCCCCCCACCGCGACCCAGUCCAUGGCUGCGUUGGCGUCGGCGGGGAAGACGAUGACCCGGGAGGCGUUCCGCGCCGCGGUAACCAACACGCUGGAGCGGCGGCUCUUCUUCGUGCCCUCCUUCAAGAUCUACGGCGGCGUCGCGGGGCUCUACGACUACGGGCCGCCCGGGUGCGCCGUCAAGGCCAACGUCCUCGCCUUCUGGCGCCAGCAUUUUGUAUUGGAGGAGGGGAUGCUUGAGGUUGACUGUCCUUGUGUGACACCAGAAGUUGUCUUGAAAGCCUCUGGUCAUGUGGAGAAAUUUACAGACUUAAUGGUUAAGGAUGAAAAGACAGGCAACUGCUACCGUGCUGAUCACUUGCUCAAGGACUUCUGUAAGGAUAAGCUUGAGAGGGACAACACAUUGACACCAGAGAAGGCGGAAGAAUACAACAGAAUUCUUGCUAUCUUGGAUGAUCUCUCUGCAGAACAAUUGGGUGCUAAGAUUAAGGAGUAUGGGAUUGUUGCUCCUGACACCAAGAACCCAUUGUCAGAUCCAUACCCUUUCAAUCUCAUGUUUCAGACUUCCAUUGGACCGUCAGGUUUGAGCCCAGGGUAUAUGAGGCCAGAGACAGCACAAGGUAUCUUUGUGAACUUCAAAGACUUGUAUUACUACAAUGGCAACAAGCUACCCUUCGCCGCAGCCCAAAUUGGUCAGGCCUUCAGGAAUGAGAUAUCUCCCCGUCAAGGCCUUCUGAGAGUCCGUGAAUUUACUUUAGCGGAAAUUGAGCACUUUGUGGACCCGGAGGACAAAUCCCACCCAAAGUUUGGUGAUGUUUCUGAUCUGGAGUUCUUGAUGUUUCCAAGAGAAGAGCAGCUGACAGGAAGGUCAGCCACAAGACUUAAACUUGGAGAUGCUGUAUCUGAGGGAACUGUGAACAAUGAGACUCUAUGCUACUUUAUUGGAAGGGUCUACCUUUUCUUGACACAACUUGGGAUUGACAAAGAUCGUCUACGCUUCCGACAGCAUCUGCCAAAUGAAAUGGCCCACUAUGCUGCUGAUUGCUGGGAUGCAGAGAUUGAGUGCUCUUAUGGGUGGAUUGAGUGCGUUGGAAUUGCUGAUAGGUCUGCAUAUGACUUGCGUGCUCACUCGGAUAAAAGCGGUGUUCCACUUGAAGCACAUGAAAAGUUUGCAGAACCCAGAGAAGUGGAGAAAUUAGUUAUAACCCCAUCAAAAAAGGAGCUUGGUCUUGCUUUCAAAGGGAACCAAAAGAUGGUUCUCGAAGCAUUGGAAGCCAUGAGUGAGACUGAAGCAUUGGAUAUGAAAGCUGCCUUGGAGUCCAAAGGGGAGGUUGAGUUUAAGGUGUGCACCCUUGGGAAGGAUGUCACCAUAAAGAAAAACAUGGUUUCAAUCAACAUCGAGAAGAAAAAAGAACACCAAAGGAAAUUUACUCCUUCUGUCAUUGAACCAUCCUUUGGGAUUGGGCGCAUUAUAUACUGCCUUUUUGAGCACUGCUUCUACCAAAGGCCUGGCAAGUCAGAUGAUGAGCAGCUAAACGUUUUUGGUUUUCCCCCUCUUGUUGCUCCAAUAAAGUGCACUGUCUUUCCACUGGUCAAGAUUGAGAAAUUUGAUGUUGUUGCCAAGAAAAUUUCAAAGGCCUUGACAGCAGCAGGGAUUUCACACAUUAUCGACAUCACAGGUAAUUCAAUUGGUAAGCGCUACGCAAGGACCGACGAACUCGGUGUCCCCCUGGCAAUCACGGUUGACUCCACUACAAAUGUGACGGUGCGGGAUCGGGACAGCAAGGACCAGAUACGCGUCGAGGUCGACGAGGUGGCCUCGGUGGUGAAGGAAGUGACGGAUGGGCAGAGCACCUGGGCUGACAUCAUGUGGAGGUACCCGGUGCAUACCGCCUCACCUGCGGACGAUGAGGAAGAGGCAGAAUCCUGAAGAGCACAGCCAAAACAAUCUCCAAUGAUCGUUGGUCCUCCUGAGUCUCUGAUACAUGUCUUGUUUAACAGAAUGCGACAAUGCGUUGUCCAUUUGUCGUGUACGGCAACGGUAGCUUGAUUGUUACAAAGUUUUACAGAUAGUUUUUUUUCUUGUGAUACUGGCCUCGUAAAAUCUAAAUUGUACUUCAUCUUCAUGUACACUUUCUUUUGUUUGCCUUAGCUGCAUUGUUUGUUGGUUUUUUGUUAGUAGAAGACAUCUUUGUUUUUCAGAUUGAUACGGUCCAUGUCGAUCAAUAUGAAGUGUGUUGACUGUUGAGCCCUA